ACCGAAGUAUCAGAUAAUUAUCGGCUCUCCCUCCAUCGUCGUUUAUCCACGUCGUCAUUCAUUACGGCGUCCAUUUCCCUCGUAUGCGCCCAGAAGUCACCCACUUGGACCGCAGAGGCCAUCUACGCGACUACACCAACGCGACUGUGAUACACACCUACACCUAUUGAAUACUUCCUCUGCUCCUUAGCCCCGCGAUCGAAGGAGUACGCCGUACGCCUACAACAUGCCUAAGGGCAAGUGGAUCGACAAGAAGACGGCCCAGCACUUUACGCUGGUAUACCGUCCGCAAAAUGACCCCCUCAUCCACGAUGCCGAUGCGCCGUCCAUGGUCUUGAACCCCACCCUGCGCCCGAACAGCGGCUCCAAGGUGAAGAAGCUCGACGACCUCGCUUCCGAGCUCGGCGAUGAUGCCUCCCGCAUCCGUGCGAACGAGGGCGAGGCCGCCAACCACGGCGUCUUCUUCGACGAUACCGAGUACGACUACAUGCAGCACUUGCGCGACCUGAACGGCGGCAAUGCUAGCGGCCAAGUCGUCUUCGUCGAGGCCGAGAGCGGCACGAAGAAUAAGGGCAAGAAUAAGCACAAGCAGAGCCUCGACGAAGCGCUGCGCCAGCUGGAUAUCGAAGACGAAGAACGCAAGCGCAACGAGCUCUUCGACGCCGAUUUCUUACCGUCUAAGAACCUGCAACAUCUGACCUACCAAGCGCAGCAGGACAUCCCGGAUGCCAUUAGCGGAUUCCAGCCGGAUAUGGACCCGCGGCUGCGGGAGGUGCUAGAGGCGCUCGAGGACGAGGCUUAUGUCGACGACGACGACGAAAUAUUCGUCGAGCUCGCGAAGGACGGCCAGGAGCUAGACGAAAUCGAGUUUGACGAGGACGACGGCUGGGAGUCGGAUGACACUGCGAAGCCGGCCAAGGAGUACAAAGGCUCCGCUGAAGAGGUGCCGACGCUAGUCCCUGCCAUAGCAGGGGAGAAUCCGAGCGGUGACGACGUAGCGGGGAACAGGGAUUGGAUGGAGGACUUCAAGAAAUUCAAGAAGGACCAGAAGACGGGGCUAAGGAAAUUAGUCGCGCCGUCGCAAUCGGACCUGCAAUCCUCUCUCAUGACGACGACUACCAACGGCGGCCGGCGGAAGAAGCGCAAGGGCGCGCUGACGAGCCAGUCGGGGUACUCGAUGACGUCGUCGUCGCUCGUGCGCACGGAGCAGCUCGGCCUGCUGGACGCGCGCUUCGACAAGAUCCAGGAGCAGUACGGCGAGGACGACGAGGGGCUGGGGUGGGACGACGGCGACGGCGCCGCCUCCGUGUCCCAGGUGUCGACGGCGUCCAGCGUGACGGGCUCCGUGCGCCACGACUUCGACAACAUCCUCGACGACUUCCUCGGCGCCGGCGCCCCCCCGGCCGCCGGCCGCGGCAAGAAGCAGCGGGCGGGCAAGGACGGCCGCUGGGCCAGUGGCACCGCCCAACUCGACGAAAUCAGGCGCGAGCUCGGCCCCGCUCGCAUCCGCGGCAAACUCUACGCCUCGGCUGCGGCGUCUGCCUCCACCAGAUAGACAGACGGGAUAAAGGGGAAGAAAGGGGAGUAAAAUAGGAAAUAAUUCCAGAAAGGGAAAUAAGACAAUGGGCAGAAGGCUGGAUAAGGAUACCCACCUGAGGUAGUAUACGGAUAUAGCGAGGAAACCGUUUGUUUGGCUUU